CUCAGCAAGGGAGGUGUCUCCAAUCCCCCAUUCGCCCCACCACCCCCACCAUCACCCCAUCACCACCAUACAAUCACUUCAAUCUACCGCCGUAUCUAUCAACAAUGGCUACGGACACGCUCAUAAUUCUCGACAACAUCCUGCAGGCCGAGGACAAGUCUAGCAAUGCUCUCGAACAGUUCCUCGAGACUCUUACCACCCUGCCCGAAGAGACCUUGAGCUCCGUCUCGACAAAGCUCUGGAUGGCCAGCCGCGAUGAGAGAUGGCGGAUACCAAUCGGCGAGUCAGGAGUGCUUGCCUUCUUCCAGGGAUUGAUCCCCACUGCAAAGGAGCCAGGUCUCAGGCUGAACGCGCUUAAGAUUGUGGGCAAUGCGUGUGCGGAGAAAGAUGCAAACAGAAAGCGCGUUCUUGAGGAACCACUCGGCAUAGAACCCUUCGUCACCGCACUCGUCGACCCGGAGAGACAACUUAUUGCGUCGGUGGUGCUGUUGAACAUCUGUACCGAUUACGAGCCCUCACAACUAGCCGCCAUCGAAAAACAGGCUUGUCAGACACUGUUUUCCAUCAUCGGCGAUGCCGACUUCAAUGGCGAACUUGACUACUUCCUUCGCGUCCUCGAGGUGCUAUUGACUCACGACGCCGGAAAAGCGGCAACCCCAGAAUCCGGCCUCGAGACGUUGCUCCGACACCUCGAGUCUGGCGACGAGAGCUUCGACACUGCGCUAUCGCUCAUAGCGAUCAUCUCAUCGCUUCUCACCACGCACCGCUUUCAGACGCUCGUGCUAAAGGGAGAUGGACUGUUCGCGCGGGUUCUGGACACCAUCGAGAAGACCUACGAACUACCGGUCGAUCCCGAGAAAGAGGCGAAAGAUAGGAGCUUAGCCGCUUACGCUCGUAAUCAGCUCAUCGAGGCAGUGGGAGACAUCGCGACGGAGCCUGAGUUCCUGGAUGGUCAUCCGCUUGGCAGUGAGGUGAUGAAGCGCGUCGAGGGAUGGCUCGAGAUCAAGCCAGGACGCGAAGAAUUGGUGGUGGCGGCUUGCAUGGUGUUUGGAAAUGUGGGCAGGAGCGAUGAGGUGUGCACCACGCUUGUGCAGACGGGGCUGCACCUUCCGUUGUUCAAGGUGGUUGAAGACACCGCGGCCAAGUUCGAAGAGUCGGUGAGGAGGCUCAGGGAGCCUAAAAAGGAGGAGCCCGAGAUUGAAGCCGACACCGGGAAGCCAAGGCCGCCGACGGGUGCCAUGUCGGUUGGUGUGAUCCAUGCCGCUGUCGGAGUGCUCAAGAACUUGGCGAUUCCUGCGCAGAACAAGAAGCCGCUUGUCGACGGCGGCGCCUUCAGGACGAUCAGAUGCAUGUUGACCAUGGAAGGUGUGGGUGUUGGACAAGUCUGGUACUCUGCCGUGAGUCUAGGGAGAUUGUCGAUCGUCAAUACUUUUGAAAACACAGAGAAGUUGCUAUCCAGCACGCCAGACGAGGAAUCCCUCUUCGCCCUCUUCCUCAAGCGCUACAGCGAGGUCGAAGAGCUCCCCGUCAAAGUCGAGAUCUCGCGCACGAUUGCCGCCAUGCUCCGCAUAAUCUAUGCCGAAGAAGAGGGUAACCAGCUGCUCCUCGCCGCGCUCCUCUCGCACUCGGCAGUGGUCGAAGAGGCGAUUUGGGACAUGGUCCGGCAGGACAAAUACCCCGUGGUGCGCAGCGAGGGCUGGUUCGCACUCGCACUGUUCGGCCGAGAACCGCAGGGUGCGAAACGGGUUUUCCCCCAUCUGGAAGCCGAGAAGGAGCUGGUCAAGACCGUCCUCGAGGGCGACGAGAAGAAGGAUAGCGACAAUGUCGGCGUCAUGGUCAUUGAGAUCAAGAAGAACUCUGGCGAGAAGAGUGACGCGCUCGACGAGUUAACCAAGGUGUUCUUCAGGCUGCAGGGUGUCGAGAUGUGAUUGUGCACGGGAGGGAGGGACGGAGGGAUGGAGGGAUGGAGAGAUGGAGGGAUGAUCCGACAAGUGUUUACUCGGAAUAUUAUGGGCGCAAAAUCGAACGUACCGUAGUUAAUGCGUUGGAUAUGGGUUCAUAGAUCUCUGGAUAAAUCACUGGGUGCAUAGAUCACGGGUUCAUAAAUCACCGCAUGUGACAAUUGGC